CACACACACACACACACACACACCCUCUCCCUCCCUCCCUCUCAAAAUGGGUCUUCUCCAGCUCGCAGCGGCCGCGCUGGCCCUCGGCGGCAGCGCCGUGGUGGCAACACCGGUGCCCGAGGCCGAGGCGGUGUCGGCGGCGACCAAGUACUGCGAGGCGUCGACCAGCAUCUGCUACUCCGAGUUUGCGAACCCGGCGGGCGUGCUGUACCGCAUCGCCAUCCCCGACACGGCGACAGUCGGCAAUUUCGAUCUGCUCCUGCAGAUCGUCGCGCCCAAGGCCGUCGGCUGGGCCGGCGUCGCCUGGGGCGGCGUCAUGACCAACAACCCGCUGACCGUCGCCUGGGCCAACCCCGGCGCCACCAGCGUCGUGUCGAGCCGCCGCGCCUCAUCGCGCACGUACCCCACGCCGUUCGCCGACGUCAGCUACACGGUGCUGCCGGGGUCGACUUCCAACAGCACGCACUGGACUGUGACGGCGCUGGCCAAGGGCCUCAGCUCGUGGGGCACGACCAAGCUCGACCCAGCGAGCACAGCCACCCAGUUCGCCUGGGUUACCAGCGCGACCGCCCCCGUCGAGCCCGCCAAUAACGCCUCGCGCUUCAGCAUCCACACCGCCCACGCCAAGUGGUCGCACGACCUGAGCAGCUCCAAGCUGGCCAACUUUACGGCGCUCGUCCAGAAGGCCGCAGCCGCGAAGCCUGCUACGCUCUGAUUUAUUCUCUGUCGUUUGUGGGCUCAAGAGUUGGAGAUGUGGUCGAGCUGUUAAUAGUUGGAGUGGGAAAAUGAGAAAGAAAAAGUACCCUAGAAACGGACAUGGCAAAGAAUCGUGUACUUGCGUGGCUAUCUUUAGUGUGUGUGUGUGUGUGUGUGUGUUGCACUCGUGGUCCAAUUCUGGGACUUAUCUGCCUGUUGGUCAAAUCUACUGUUACCAGAAAUUGUGAUUGUCUACC